AUGAACAUUUUCCUCUUGUUCUUGCUCUCCUCACUCUCACCUUUCAAGGUCACAAGUGCUCACACUAGAACCAACCCAUUUACACCCAAAUCCUCACUGAAUCGCUAUUGGGACAACCACAUUUCCAACAAUCUCCCCAAACCCAAUUUCCUCUUCUCCAAAGCAUCCCCACUCGACCGAGUCAACUCAGCGAUUCUCACCCAACUCGCCGCCAAUAACUCACUCUCCGCCCACUUCGCUUCCUUAUGCUCCUUAGCCAACCUCUACUGCUCCUUCGACUCGCAGUCCGCACAAACCCACCAGCAAGACCUCGUCGCUCGGCACUUCAAAGACGCCAACUUCGCCGCCUACAGCAACAAGAACUUCGCCAACUACGGCUCGUCCCAACCCGGCGGCGGCGACUCGUUCAAGAACUACUCGGACGGGUUGAACUCGCCUUACGACUCGUUCAAGAAGUACAGCAAGGACGCCAACUCGCACUCGGAGAAGUUCACAUUCUACGCCCACGAAGCCAACGUCGCCAACGCCAGCUUCACCAGCUACGGCGCCGACUCUGCCGGCGGCUCUGGCGAGUUCACCAGCUACGACGACCAAGUCAACGUCCCCAAUCUCCGAUUCGCAGCCUACGACUCGGAUGCGAACAACCACAGGCUCUCCUUCAUAGGCUACAGCCACGACACCAACUCGGGCUCCGAGACGUUCGUCAGCUACGGAAAAACCGGCAACGCCAACCCGACCGAGUUCAGCAGCUACGCCGAAGACGCGAACAUAAUCGGGUCGGGUUUUACGGGUUACGGAGAGUCCGGGACCGGCCAAAACGAUUCGUUUAAAGGGUACGGCCAAUCUGCGAACAACCCACAUAACAAUUUCAAGAGCUAUGGCGGUGGCGGGACUUCUGGGAUCGACGGGUUCUCGAAUUAUCGGAGCGGAGCGAAUGUUGGGGACGAUUCGUUUCAGUCUUACGCGAGAAAUUCGAAUUCCGGGAAGGUGAGUUUCUCGAAUUAUGGGAAAUCGUUCAACCCGGGAAACGAUUCAUUUAAAGAGUACGGGACCGGGUCGAAGGGUCGGACCAGUGUGGGGUUCAAGUCGUACGGUUUGGGUCGGAGUUUCAAAGAGUAUGCCAAAAAUGGCGUUACUUUUGCUGAAUAUAGCAGUCUGAGCAAGGAGGGGACAGAGGCAACUAAAACUGAGUCCAGUGGCAGUUUGGUAAAUAAGUGGGUUGAGCCGGGCAAGUUUUUCAGGGAAUCUAUGCUAAAGCAGGGGAAUGUAGUAGUGAUGCCCGACAUUCGGGACAAAAUGCCAGAAAGGUCGUUUUUACCCCGGGGUAUUUUGUCGAAAUUACCGUUUUCCACUCCUGGGUUGUCGGAGCUUAGGGAGAUAUUUCACGCGAGGGAUAACUCUGCCAUGGAGCACGUGUUGACCAACGCACUGGGCGAGUGCGAGAGGGCUCCGAGCCCGGGUGAGACCAAGCGGUGCGUGGGGUCGAUCGAGGACAUGAUCGACUUCGCCACCUCCGUCUUGGGCCACAAUGUGGUGGUCCGAACCACAGAGAAUGUGAGUGGGUCAAAGCAGAAGGUGAUGAUUGGAAUGGUCAGCGGAAUCAACGGUGGAAAUGUGACCAAAUCGGUCUCAUGUCACCAGACUUUGUACCCGUACCUACUAUACUAUUGUCACUCUGUGCCCAAGGUUAGGGUUUAUGAGGCUGAUAUUGUGGACGUGGAGAGCAAGAGCAAGAUCAAUCAUGGUGUGGCCAUUUGUCAUAUUGACACGUCAUCAUGGAGCCCGGGACAUGGUGCGUUCAUGGCACUGGGGUCCAGUCCGGGAAAGAUUGAAGUGUGCCACUGGAUAUUUGAGAAUGACAUGACGUGGGCCAUUGCGGAUUAA